AUUCGCUUUCUCUGAGUUCCAUCCAGCAGCUCUCGAGCACUUUUCCUACCACCGAAACAUCCAAACCAAACCCCUCACUCAAACGCCCAACAAAAUGCAAUUCCUCACCUUCCUUGGUCUCACCACGGCCGCCCUCGUCGGCGCCUCUCCUGUCUACAACCGCGCCGCCAACGAGGCCAUCCCCACGCCCCAGCCCUUCAUCAACGGCACCAUCCCCACGCCUCCCGUCGUCCCCGGCGGCACUCCCGUGCCCACUCCUCCUGCCGGCGGCUCCAGCUGCGGCGGCAGGAUUUACGUGCCGGGCCAGUACGUCUGCCACAACGAGCAGGACCUGUGCCCGGUCCUCAACGGCGUGAGCCUGCAGUCAUGCGCUGGACAAUGCUACGACCCCGCCAUCUGGAAGUGCCAGAACGGCCAGCUCCAGCCCGGCCAGUGGCCCAACACCCCUGGCGCGCCCGUCGCUACGCCGCCCGUUGGCACGCCUCCCGUCGGCACCCCGGUCGCCACUCCCUACCCGACCCCUGCCCAGGGCCACUAAACGCCCUGCUCACCACCUAUCAACUGAUAGAUGAGGGCGCUUGCUUCGAGGCGUGGCUAACGGCCUCUAGUGCCGCAGCGGCAACA